AUGGUUCUUAAGAAUAUAUUCAAACGUGAUGACAAAGUCAAAUUUUCCAAGAAUGACACCAAAGUAUCUAUACUAGGAAAAGGAGUAUCAGGAUCAGUGGAGUUGUAUCAAUCAAAAUCAAAUCCAGAAUUCAAAUAUGCAGUGAAAAUAUAUCAUAGUAGAGAAUCUUAUGAAAACAAGAAAGAUUAUAAAGUUAGAAUCCUUCAUGAAUAUAAUAUUAUAUCCCAAAUAAGUCAUCCAAAUAUAAUACGGGCAUAUGAUUAUGAUGUUUCCCUAUCUGGCUCAAUCAUCAAAGUGUUUCUAGAGGCAGGAUCACUGAACCUAUUCCAGCUUUUAAAACCACCAGUUGAUAUCAAUGAAAUGCUUGAUAUUUGGAAACAAAUAGUACUGGGAGUAAGUUAUCUUCACCAUGAAAAUGUCUGUCAUCGAGAUCUCAAACUAGAAAAUAUCGUGUUCAACUCAAGUCAUAGUCAAAUCAAGAUUAUAGAUUUUGCAACGGCUCAGAAACUCACUAAUGAUAACUCAGAGUCCGUUGGAUUGGUUGGAUCCGAGAAAUAUGCCUCGCCCGAAAUGUACACGUCAAUAAAAUAUGACGGAAAACUUGCCGAUGUUUGGUCAUUGGGGAUUAUAUUAUAUUAUCUCCUAGUAAGGAAGUUACCAUGGAGUCUGGCCACAUGGAAUAACCCGGAGUAUCAACAAUACUCCUCCUCCUCAAAUCGCACGGCAAUAUUUGAUAAUGAAUACCCACCAUCAUUAGUUCAAAUAACGAGUCAAAUUCUUGAACCUAACCCACAACUUAGAGUCAAUUGUGGAGAUAUACAAAAGUUUAUAGAGCAGAUAAGCAACAAACUCUGA